AACGCAGUCGUGUUGCGAAGUGUUUGUGUUUAACAAGUUUUAGUGUUUUGGCUAGGUAUUAUUUUAUAAGGUCAGUAGGUAUUUGAAAAACUAUAAUGGCCCAGCGCACAGUUCUGAACGACAACUACAAAGGCUUGGUGGAGUCUGUCUCCAUCCCGGCGGUGGUGGAAGAGCGAGAUGGCAAGAAGUUUGCGCGCUCCGGCUCCGUCGUGCCUAUACAUUGCUGCACGCCGGAUGAGAUCUCAGCCUACGCCCCAAAGACGCACCACUACUGCGACGUGUUCACAGAGGAGGUGCUGGCGCCGCUGGAGGAGCUCGCCUUCGUGAGGCUCGACCAGAACACUGCCGAGAAGGUAUUCAUAAACCGCAAGAAGCGCAUCCUGCUGACCUCGAGCGACGGGGCGCUGGCGCAGUGGCGGUGCGCCCCCACCUUCGAGUCCAGCAACCAGUACAUCGCGGGGGCGCCAAUAGUCAACAAGGAGGGGGCGCUCAUUAGUGUUGUGACCGCGAGAGUGGGCAACCAUUAUGCUGUCUCUAGUUUUGAGGGCGACGGCGGAUACUUCGAAACGCCGCAACCGUGGAAGAUUCUAGACUCUUCCACCGGUCUGAUCUAUGGCGACCGGGUGUUCCCCACUCACGAGGCGCUCAAAGACUUCAUAGCAACAUUAGGCCCCGCGGCACUGGGCCCGGACCGCCCCCCCACUCCGGUCCUGGUCAGGGGCGCCAACCCACGCGUCGCGUUUAUAACGAAAGAAGGGCGGGAAAUAGCUCACAACUACUUGCAAGGGGUUAUUUCGAAGGGGGUUGAGUAUUUGUGAGGUUCGGUUUUGAAUAUUUUAUAAAUAAUAUUGGACCAAAAUAUAGGCAGCUAAUGCUAAAGAAAUAAGAAAAUGAAAAUGGCGACCUUUACAUUUAAGUACACACAUAGGGAAUAUGAUUAAUUUAAGAUAAAUAUUGUAUCUUAUCUACCUACUCAUGCAUUUAGUUUUAUAACUACAUAUUAAUAAUCAGUUUGUUUUGUAUGAUACAUUAUAGGUACCUAUAGAAUAAAGAUUUAUAAAUAAAUAACAACAAUUUUACAAAAA